ACCCACCACCUCCCAAAUACCCCGUAGCAAGAUGGCCGCCUCGCUGUUACCGCACGCACGCCUUUAAGGCAAACAACUCUCCCCCCCGCCAGCCCACAUCGUCUGAACAGCGUGGGGCGCUCGGUAAAGACGACGACGACUACGACGAGGUGGUGGUGGUAGUGCUGAAGCUGCUGCUGCUACUAAAUGGCGGCGUGGAGCGGCGACGCGCGCGAGUCCGAGGGCGACCGUCAGGAGCGCGAGCACUUCUGGCGCGUGGUGAACGCGUUCCGCUACUACGGCGCCUACGCGCUGGAACGCGUGCGCCGCGCCGAGCGCGAACUCCGCGCGCUGCCGCCCGCGCAUCGCCGCCUGCUGCGCGACGCCGCGCUGCCCGGACACCUGCAGUGCGUGCGGGCACGCGUGGAGCACAACCAGGAGCUGUUGCACGACAUCAUCCUGGGCACGGCCGAGCACAUGUUCGAAAACAAGCGCUACCGUCCGCUUAACCUUGAGGCUGAACCCACCCCGGCCACAGCGUUCGACAUGGACAAGUUGAAGUCGACGCUCAAACAGCUGGUGCGAGACUGGAGCUCCGAGGGGCAGGGCGAACGCGACUCGUGCUACCGGCCCAUCCUCAAUGCCAUACAGACGUACCUAGGAGCUGCUAGCGGUGGCAGUGGCAGCAGCAUCAAGAGCAAUGGUGACAGCUGUUGUGAUGGCCACAGCAGUAAUGGCAGCAAUAACAGUGAUGGAUGCCAUCAAAACCAUCGCCACCAACAUCAUCCGCAGCAGGAGAAUGAGCAGCAGCAGCAGGAGAAUGAGCAGCAGCAGCAGAAUGAGCAGCAGCCGAAUGAGCAGCAGCAGAAUAAUCACAAGCAACAGCAUAAAAGCCCCCGAGUGUUGGUGCCCGGCUCGGGCCUCGGUCGCCUCGCAUGGGAAAUCACGCGCCUUGGCUACAGUUGCCAGGGCAACGAGUUCAGCCUCUUCAUGCUGUUCACAUCGCACUACAUCCUGAACCGCUGCCACGAGGUGGACAGCGUGCGUCUCUACCCGUGGGUGCUGCAGUUCAGCAACACGCGGCGCGCCUGGGACCGCGUGCGGCCCGUGCUUGUGCCAGACGUGGACCCCAGCGCGCUGCCGCCGGGCGCCGACUUUUCCAUGUCGGCGGGCGACUUCCUGGAGGUGUACUCGCUGGACGUGGACGUGUGGGACUGCGUGGCCACGUGCUUCUUCCUCGACACGGCACACAACGUCAUCGCCUACAUCGAGCUCAUCUGGCAGGUGCUCAAGCCGGGUGGCGUGUGGAUCAACAUGGGGCCGCUGCUCUACCACUUUGAAAACAUGGUUGGUGAGAGCUCGCUAGAGCUGAGCUACGACCAGAUCCGCCAAGUGAUCGUGCAGGUGGGCUUCGUGUUCGAGGAGGAGAACGAGUGCGUGCACGCGACGUACACGGAGAACGAGCGCUCCAUGCUGCGCUACAUCUACGACUGCGUCUUCUUCGUCGUGCGCAAGCCGGCGCUCAAGAGUGAAUGCUCGUGACAGCUGGCAGGCGCGAGCCCAACACGAUCGCGGGAAAAACGAACCGGAUUUCAAUUUUGUGUCCCUCCGCCCUUGAGGCGCGUGCGUGAGCUGGCUUUUUGUUGUCAUUAUUUUGUCGUGAUAUUUACUAUUGUUUUAAUGCCAUUUGUGCUUUUCGAGAUGCGUUGUGGAGUGAAAGCACGCCCGUUGUGGAACACCUUCCCACUUCGCGUCGGGGAAGAAUACCGUAUAACUACUGCUGGAGUCACUUAAUUGAGCCUCUGUCACCCGGUGCCGAUUUAAAAAAAUAGUUCAACGCAUUCCCGGUCAUCCUUUCUGUUACCGUUUUGUGCUUGGACCUGGGCUAUGUCAAGUAAAACCAAUUCUGUGUGAUGUGUUGCUUCAGUCAUUGGUGACCAGGUUAAGCCAAUAAACUUGCCACACUUGAGAACCUGGUUUUAGUUGUGUUUGGCUGCCUGUGAUUUGAACCCAGUGCCGUUGGUGCCAGCUCGUUGCUAUUGACAUUCGACCCACGAGCCAGCUUGGCCACCUCAGGUCUUAUAUUAAUGUAAAAUCACAGUGUGAUAGAUUAUAUUUUUGAACAGCUGAAGCCAUUUAAAAGUAAAUUUGCUACUAUAUCCCUUGUCUUCAUGAUAAUCAUGGUGAGAUUGGUUAGUGGUACAGCAAUCGGAGGUAGAUGCCGCAUCCUUUGUUAAUGUCUGCCAACUGUUAAUCUUCUGUAAUGUUUUAUGAAGGACUUUAUAAAACACCUUUAAAAAAAUGUAUUAUGAUUGUGACUACUUAAAUUUCUGCAUGCCAAUUAUCUCCCACUACUGUCGGGUUUUUUGCUUGAUGUACGUACAUCUCUUGGAAUCCUUUUUGCCGUCAAUCAUGAGACAUGACCAAUUGAAUGGAUUUUUGUUCAUGCUGAAUUAUUGCACUAAGUUGUAGUGUGCGUGUGCUGUGGUGUCAUGAGUUCAAUACUGUAUACUUGCCUUCUUCACAUAUGGGUAUCGGAGGCAUAUGGCAGCAGUGGACAUAAUCGGUGUUUUGUAGUCUCGUUUCUCUGCGGCCAGUUGGGAUGAUCACAUUCCAAAUAUGUUUGAGUUGGCAGCCCAAACACUACGGCCGCACAUUCAUCUCUUGAGGUGGUGGUCUGGACAAGCCUGAGAGUGUUGUACAUGCAAUGUGAUGGUCACGUGACAUGCAUGCAAGGCAUGAUGGGAAGAGUACCUUCCUGCUGCUUGUGAAUCCACAGUGGUGUAUUAUUAAAUCUAUACACUGCCAUUAAAUUCUGAUUUAAAUUGUCUUCGUUGCAGCACAUUGUAUGCAUGCACAAUGAAAACCUAAAUAUGACUUGGCAUAGUGCGGGUGAUUUUUUUCUGUCAAGGUAAUUUUACUUAUAUCUAAAUAUUUAGUAUUUCAUAUUCAGUUUUGCAUUACUUUAAUUCAGUCGAGGGGUUUAAAGUUUCAUUUAUUAGGUAUAGCCCUGUGAACCAUGCGGCUCUUAAGUCGGGUGCAACCACAACAAACAAUAUUAACACAAAACAUCCCAAAGCGACGACGCACAACAGAAACAUCCUGGAAUAAACCAGCAAAUAUAAAAAAAACGUAUUAAAACGCUGGUGAUGGCGCGCAUUCCUGCAAUCCAUCACUGCGGAGCGAGGGUUGGUGAAUCGUACAAAUGUUGUGAAACUCCCUAUGUGUGUCGUGUUGCCAUGUUCCCUGACUCGCCAGGAGAAUUCGGUAUACAGAAUGUGUGGAAUAAGCUCCAUCUGUCCCAUGUGGGAUAGUGGUGCCCCCUCGAAUAUGUUUUUUUCCCCCCACGUGUAAAAACACUAAUUGGCUAAAAACAUCUACAUGGUGUUUGCGGAUUGCAUAGCAUUGUGUAAUACAGGUGGAUAAAAGAAGCUAUAUGAAAGUGACAUUUUCACCCGAUGUUUUUUUAAGGUAAAAAUCAUUUGUGUACAAAGAAGGCACAACAUUGUGUUGAACGCAUGUACAGGUGUAAUGGGUUCCGGAGACACUUGCAGAGGUAACUUCUUUAUUACAAUACAACACUCCAACAGUCCUGAUACUCUGUUACAGCCUACAUACACAGCCUAGAUACACUACUCUGGCUACGCUCUGGGGUCCUCCGGCUACAAUUACCCUAGGGGAGGCUAUCUGACCCAACCCAGCCAAGGUGCGGGUCUGGACUCUGGCUUCCUCGGAACUCGCCCUCACAAGGACGUAGAGCUGGGAGUUCCAGAGUCCCACCACUGGCCCUCACAGCGUCCCUGCCCUUACAAGGACAAGCGGGACGAGGGGGUUCAGGGUCCUAAGCUGGCUGGCUGGCGGGUCUUGGGUCUUGAGCUGCGACUGGCCCCGAUCGGCCAGGAAGCUGCCCUUUUAUGCCUCGUCCCCAACGAGGGGUGGGGUUGUGUGCACCCCCAGAUAUCCCACAGAGCACACACAGCCCCCCCCGUUGGUGGCGCCAAGGGGAUUAACUGUCUGGGGUGCCUGGGAUCCUAGCGCCUGGCGCCAAAGGCUUAUCUGCCUAGGAUCCCAGAGCCCCCAGCAGCCCCUCCCCUCUUAUGGCACUACACAGGUAAGGUAAUUAGGCAAUUGGUUGAGGAUGCGUUUUAAGGAAUGUAACGCAGUCCAAGAAGAUAUCCAUGGAGGAUGGAGAGAUGAAGUUGGUUCACGUGGAAGUGCUACGUGGAUUAUCACAUAACAGGAUCAUGGGAAGUGGUGGCGACUUGAAGGACUUCAACGGUGGAUUGAACAUAGCUGGUGGUGAUUGGUACAUUUUAAUGGUAGGAAUUAGAAAAAUAAUGGCCCAAGCAUGUGUCAAAGUAGGUGCUAUCUAACAAUUCCCUGAAAGCAAAUCUUGUUUAAAGGAAUCUUACUGGGUACGGGCAGCGUGUUUUGGUCAGGUUCAGUUUAAAUCCUUGCCAUAUGCUAAACUCGCUUUACUACCCGGCUUCGCCCGAGACUUGGAUUCUUGUCUUGGAUUAAUACACGGCCGACGCGGAGGGUUGGGAGGGGGGGAUGCGUGACAUCAGCAGGCACACUGCGUGACGUCAGCAGGCACUGCGUGACGUUGCCGCAUGCGGGUGACAUCACAGAUCAAAUAUGUGAUGUCACUGCUCACUUGCGUUCAAAAUAUAUCCAUUAUUGCGCCCCCCCCCCCCCCCAAAUACAACAGUCUAUUUUUAUACUUUAUGCAUUGUGUACAGUCUGGAAGCUACCCACAUGCCAAAUUUAAAGUUUGUUGCAUGGUGGGAAGUAUGCUAAACAUUUCGAACAGACACACAUUCACAAAUUUCCCUUUUAUAUAAUAAAGAUGUUAUUAGUUUAGGACUGUGCUGCUUUUACAACCAAUCGCCUUUUUAAGCUGAUAUGGCCACAAGGGGUCACGAGUAAGCAUUUUUUAAAAUUAAUGUUCAGCUAAAAAUCCUUGUUAAGCGGCACUUGUAUUGCAUAUUAUCAUCCAAUGACGCCACUCAUUGUGGGGAAGAAAGGCAUAUGGAGUCUAAUGUAUUUCUAGUCAGACUUUCUAUUGAUGUACGGCAGAAAAUGACAUUGUUAUUUUCCACCAUUCAGGCUAUUCUUUGCAGCCACAUGUUGAAAAGUGCUUUCCUCUCAUUAAGUGAAAUAGGUACAUGUAAUUUGUAUGCAGAAAGUCCAGCCGGUGUUUGAUGAUUAAACCACAAACAGUUAUAGCAUCAGGAACCUUUGUACCUAUGUAAUAAUAAAUAUGAUGUGUAGCGUACACAAGCUUCGUGUCGCGAAUCGCAAACAGGUCCGCGGCCGUAGUACAUGUGUAUGUUAAUCAAUCUCGAAUAGGUCUAUCAAACAAUGAAAUAAAUUUUGAUUUAAAGCUUUCGUGACUGCAGGGAUUCAUAUUAUUGGUUCUUUCGGUAAAGUCACGUAGAAGGGAAAUAAUACUGGUAGGAACGAAGUGGACCAGACCACCAAUAGAUUAAUGUGUCCGUCCGUCCGUCCGUGGGAGGGGUGGUGUUGAGGGUGGUGUUGGAAAUGAAAGACUACGAGUCUUUAAAUCUCACAGCGUUUCUUGUCAAAACAAACACUUUUAAUUAACGUUACACUAGAAUACAGUAAUUUUUUCUUUAACUCCUCUAUACCCGGUCGAUAUCUCUGUACCGGUACUAAGUAUUAUUCCUACCAGCUCACCCCGCAGGGUUCUGUUAAAGUAAUAAAAAGAAACAAUAUGAAUCCCUGCAGUCACAGUAAUAAAAAUAUAAAGCAUUUUUUUUUCUACGUAACUUUACCGAAAGAACCAAGAAUAUGAAAAUGAAAUAGUUUUAUUAAAUUUUGACUUAGCUUUCGUGACUGCAGGAAUUCAUAUUCUUUGGGUAAAGUCACGUAGAAAACAAAGUAAAUAAAAAUAAUUAAAACGAAAUAAAAGUAACAAAAUAACACUGAUGUAGACUGUAGCCUUGUUCUUAAGUUGAGUGAGUGUACUGGCAAUCUAUAGUGUAGACCGUAGCCUGGUUAUUAAGUUUGGUGAGUGUACUGGCAGUCUAUAUUGUAGACUGUAGCCUGAUUUUUUUUAAGCUGAUGAGCGUAUUGGCAGCCUAUGAUAUAGACUGUAGUAAUGUUUUUUUUAUUACUGAAAGAACCAGAAUAAGUCUACAUUAUAGACUGCCAGUACACUCACCGAGGUUAAUAACCAGGCUACAGUCUACAUUUAGACUGCCAGUACAUUCACCGAGGUUAAGAACCAGGCUACAGUCUACAUUAUAGACUGCCAGUACACUCGCCCAGCUUAAUAACCAGGCUACAGUCUACAUUAUAGACUGUCAGUACACUCACCGAGGUUAAGAACCAGGCUACAGUCUACAUUAUAGACUGCCAGUACACUCACCCAGCUUAAUAACCAGGCUACAGUCUACAUUAUAGACUGUCAGUACACUCACCGAGGUUAAGAACCAGGCUACAGUCUACAUUAUAGACUGCCAGUACACUCACCGAGGUUAAUAACCAGGCUACAGUCUACAUUAUAGACUGUCAGUACACUCACCGAGGUUAAGAACCAGGCUACAGUCUACAUUAUAGACUGCCAGUACACUCACCGAGGUUAAGAACCAGGCUACAGUCUACAUUAUAGACUGUCAGUACACUCACCGAUGUUAAGAACCAGGCUACAGUCUACAUUUAGACUGCCAGUACAUUCACCGAGGUUAAGAACCAGGCUACAGUCUACAUUAUAGACUGCCAGUACACUCAGCCAGCUUAAUAACCAGGCUACAGUCUACAUCAGUGUUUUUUUAUUCACUUAAUUUUUUUUCUUGUUUUUUUCGGUAAAGUCACGUAAAAGGGACGCUGUCUUUCCGACAACUCUGUUGUUCACCUGAGGACGGCUGCUUGCUUUGUGGCCGAAACGUCGUGAGAAUUUGUAUUUAUUAUUUCCCUUCUACGUGAAUUUUACCGAAAGAACCAAAUAAUAGUUUGAUCAUUGUUUAUGAUUUUAGUAUUUUUUCCUCCGAAGUUUGACAAAUAAAACUGAAUAUUGUCACUUU